GAUCUAAGCCAGGAGAGAUAUUGCAUGAGCGCAUUAAGCCAACGUCCUCUGCUGCGUGUGUGUGGGUGGGUGUUUGCCUUGGUGACGGCAGGUCCAGGCAGGGUGUCUCACAGCAGAAAGCAGAGCUCACUGGUGGAACAGCACAGACAGAUCUCUGACCGACUCCAGAAAGGGAACGACUAUGACGAUUGGCAAGACUCGUAAGAAGUCCCUCAAGUUCCUGGACCGGGCCGACGGCUCUUACUGGCUCCUGGAUGAAAUGGAGGUGCCAAGGGAGGGAGAGCUGAUACAACAGGAGCAAGACCAAGGGAGGAUGGGAAGCGGAGAUGAGCGAGAGGGACAUUCCACGCCAUCGCGAGCGCAGAGUGACAAUCGCGAGCCAGACAUUUUUGAUUUCGAUACAGGCAUGAUGGAGGACGACGGGACGGCCGCACUGCUGAGGAGGAAACCAAGUCGCCUCAGCAGCCGGUGGAGACGGCGGAGCGGCUCCAAGAAAUGGCCAAACUGUCGUGCGGAGGUCCAUUCUGCCAACAAGGAAAAUAUGCCCCCCCCAGGGCACAUGACGGAGGUACCGGCACACACCGAGACAACGGAGCCGGCCAAGCCAGUUCUGCUCCAUUUGUCUAUGAAAGGUGAUGAAGAUGAUAAGGUUCUGAUUUCUGAGAAGGAAAGCAAGAACGGCCAGCAUGCAGAGGAGGAGAUAAAAGCAGUGAAGAAGAAAAGCCUGAGGAAUUACACACGGGCUAUUGACCGAGCUUUCCGCAGAGGCUGGGAGACCUUUGUUGCCAACCUGAAUAGUGUGACUCUCAGUCCUAUCUCCUCUUCAUCGCCCUCCUCGCGCUCACCAACAGAAAUCCACCACCGUUCCUCACUUGCGGAAUCCAGAUAGAACAAAGCCCAGGUGGCACCUAAAGGAGAGUUUAACCAAUCUAUUGUAUCUUGAUAUUACUGUAUUUGGAAACGCUUCACAUUAUCUGUACCUUCAUAAUGCAUUCAUUAUGCACUCAUAGAACAUUCAAUGCAUCUUCAUAAUGCAAGUAUAGAACAUUCAUAAACAGUAAGUAUAUAUUAACAUCUUAUUAUACCUUAACAGCAUUACUUUAUAUUAAUAACAAACAUAUGAUAAUAACAUACAAUAUAGCUGUAUAUUCAUAUGAAGUUUGUUAUUAAUGUAUAUUAAAGCUGCGAAGGUAUAUUACGAUGGGAAGGUACACUUACAUGCUGCUUAUGAAUAUUCUGUCAGUGUAUUAUGAAUGCAUUAUGAAGGUGCACUGAAUGUUCUAUGAAUGCAUUACGAAGGUGCACUGAAUAUUCUAUGAAUGCAUUACGAAAG